UAGAUAGGUGAUAUAAGCGUUGAGUAUUUAUAGUGAUUAUUUUACCGUAGAUUUUAUUGGACCGUUAUAUAGUGUAAAAAUCCUUAUAUAUAAAGACCAUGGUAUACAAUAUAAAUGCAUAGACCAGCCAAGCUCCAAAACACAAAACAUAAUUCAUCAAUCAGUUCUCCUAUAUCCCCUUUGAGAUUUUUAGUUACUUCUUUUCACUUGGGACAUCAAGAGUGCAUAGGAAAAAACAAAGGACACAAAUGGAUGACUGUGGAAACCAGAUGAUUGAAACUACUAAAAGACCAAAUAUACACUUUGAAUUGAUAAGAAAAACUCUGCAAUUUCUAGUUCCAAUUUCUCUCAUAUCCUUCCUUCUCUCUUACACCUAUAAUUUCUCCUUCUUUUUCACCUAUAAUUUUAACUUGUCAACUCUUGUUUUCCCACUCUUUGCACACGUCUUUGAUAGGAAAUACAUAUUCUUACUAUGUAAUAGUAUCCUUGCAUUUCUUGCUAAGAACUUGAGUUGUAGUUCUUCUUCUCCUGAUGAACAAGAAGAUGUAUUAAUAAUGAAAGGUGAAUAUGAUGAAGAUAACAAGAAAGAAGUGGCUAUGAAGGGAGAAGUAGAAGAGAAUGAAGAAAAAGAAGUUGAAGAAAAACAAGAAACAGACACAACAGCAGAAGAAGGAGCAGAAGGAAAUGAAGAUAACAUGAGCAUAGAACAACUCAAUAGGAAGAUUGAAGAAUUCAUAAGGAAGAUGAAAGAAGAAAUUAGGACUGGAGCUAUACAUCCAAGGGUGUAGCCUAUAAUAUUGAAAGAGUUUUAAGUUUAUACAAACCGUUAUGGAGUUUUUACACCAACAGGUCAAUUUUUACAUGUUGUUAGUAGAUAAUUAGUUUUGUUUAUACAAUUAUAAAUCACAUAAUUAAGGAGGUUUACCUAUCAAUAUUCUCUGGGUGAUCUGAUAGUGUAUUUUUUUUUUUUUACGCUAAUAAUGUGUAUAAUUUAAUCUCUAUUGAAGAUCAAAGUCAAAUCUCAAUAGAGAUAAAAAUCAUAGCCGUUUCUUCUCAUCCAUCUAACUCAUGGAAGAUCAGAGUUCAAAUCUCCAUAGAUACAAAAUAACAAUGGUUUCAUCUCAUCUGUCAAAGCCCGUGAAUAAAGUUUUCUGAUAUUCAUGCUAUCAGGAGAUAUAUAAGUAUUCAAUGAAAUAUUUUAGAUCGCAAAUUAGUUCGAAUAUCAC